AUGAAGCGAUUCAUGGCACAUACCGAAAAGAAUUAUGGUAAGUAUUUUUACCGAUGCCCACUCGGGCAACAACACCCUAGAAGUUUCAUAUGGGAAAGCGGCAUGAAUCGAGAAGGUUAUUCGCAAGAGAGUUUCAAUAGUCAAGGUUAUUCGCAAGACGAAGCACGAAGUAGCAGAGAACGUGAUCAUUUUGAUUGUAUUCCCCACCGCCGUUGUGUUCUACUUCCUCUUAUCUCUUCCAAUCACCUCGUGCAAAGGAGUCGUCUCCGAAGAUGCUUGCAGUUGCUUGGCCAUGCUUCUUGUAACGACGCCGAGGUUGGAGCUUGA